GUCUUCAUGUUCCGUCAGUAGCAGAGCCCCACACCCUGUCAGUCCGCUUCGCAGAGCUGCGGUCCAACUUUGUUCAGUCUCUGAGCAAAAAUGAGCGAUAAAGGUCUUUCAGACGAGGCAGCGGCUGCAGCUUGCAAAGAUGGAGACCCGGUUACUAAGGAUUUCAUGAUGCAGCAGACCAUGCUGCGAGUUAAAGAUCCAGUUAAAUCGUUGGACUUUUACACCAGAAUCCUUGGCAUGACGCUCCUGCAAAAGUUCGACUUCCCCUCCAUGCGUUUCUCUCUCUUCUUCUUGGGCUUCGAGGACAAAAAGGAGAUUCCUACAGAGGUGAAGGAAAAGACGGCGUGGACUUUUUCAAGAAGAGCCACCAUUGAGUUGACACAUAACUGGGGCUCUGAGGCUGAUGAGAGCCAGUCCUAUCACAAUGGAAACUCAGAUCCACGUGGCUUUGGACACAUAGGAAUUGCAGUUCCUGACGUCUACGCUGCCUGCAAACUGUUUGAAGAACAAGGAGUCACAUUUGUCAAGAAGCCAGAUGAUGGUAAAAUGAAAGGCCUUGCAUUCAUUCAGGACCCUGAUGGAUACUGGAUUGAGAUCCUGAGUCCUAACAACAUGGUGUCCAUAACCUCCUAAAAACUCUGACAUCAUGCUACCUGCUGCAGUGCACACAGACAGGACCUGCUGCAGCUUCGCCCGGAGAGCAGAGCGUCGGGUUUAGCGAAGAAUUUAGCAGCAUGCGCCAGACGGCUGAGGGAAAUGGAGCGGGAUGCACACUGGCACUCAAUGUGCCCUGGCACAGGCUGGACUUAUUAAAUACCUGAGUUAUUGCUAAGACUGUCAACUACCUUGUGUAGCUGUUGUCUACCAUCAUCAGUUUGUAUGUGUCUUCAAGUGAUGCUAAAAUAAAGCUGUAUUACCGUGUAAUAAAUGUGAAAGCCACCAUUUAAA